AUGGGAGUGGGAAUGGAAGAGGAGGGAGAGAAGGUGGAGGAGGAAGGAAAGGGGGUGAUUGAAAAGGAGGGAGAAAUGAAGGAAGAGAAUAGGAAAGAGGGAGAAGAGGAGAGAAAAGUUAAAAUGGAAGAUGGACUGGGGAGAGAGAUUGGUGAAGAGGGAGGAAUUGAGGAAGAAGGAGUGGAGGGAGAAAGGGGGAAUAAGGAAAGAAAGGAGGGAAGGAUGAGAAUGGAGGAAGAGAAGGGAGAGCAGGGAGGAAUGGAGGAAGUGGUGGCAGGAAAAGGAGGAACUGGAAAGGAGGGAGAAGUGGAGAAAGAUGUAGGAAUUGAAGGAGAAAAGGGGGAGGAGGCAGGAGUACAACGAGAAGAGAAGGGAGGAGUGGAGGAAGGGAAGCUGAGAGAGAAGGGUAUGGCUGGAGGUGUUGAGGGAGGAGUUGUGGAAGAGGAGAGAGAGAAGGGGGAGGAGGGAGGAGAGGAUGGAAAAGUUGAGGAGGAAGGACUGGAGGAAGAAGGGGAAAAGAUAGGUGUGGAGGGAAAGGAGGAAGAUAAGGGGAAAGAUGCAAGUGUGGAUGAAGGAAGAGUAGAAAGGAAGGGAAAGGAGGAGGGAGAGAAUGGAGGAAAGGAGAAAAGAGUUGAUGAAGGAGAAGAGGAGGGAGAGAUAGGAAUGGAGGAAGAGGAGGAGAAAGGAAAUGAAAGAACAGUUGAGGCAGGACUGGAAAAAGAGGAGGGCAAGGGGGAGAAGGGAAGAGUUGAGGAGGGAGGAGUGGAGAAAAAAGAGAAGAGAGAGUGGAGCUUGGCAGGAGGAGUAGAGGAAGAGAAAUGGAGGGAAGGAGAAGAGGAGGGUGAGAUGGGAAUGGAAGAAGGAGAGCAGGGAGAUGAGGGAGGAGUUGAGGAGGGAAAAGUGGAGAGAGAAAAAGGAAAGGAGGAAAUAGAAGUGGAGGAAGACAUGGGAAUAGAAGGAGAUAAGGGAGAGGAGGAAGGAGUUGCUGGACAAAUAAAUGAAGGGAAGGGGGAGGAGGGAGGAAUGGAAGGAAGAGAGGAGGGAGGAGUGGAGGAAGGGGAGGUGGGAGAGAAGGAUAUGGCUGGAGGUGUUGAAGAGGGAGUUGUAGAAGAGGAGAGAGAUAAGGGGCAGGACAGAGGAGAGGAGGGAGAGAAAGAGGUUGAGGAAGGAGUUGAAGGAGUGGAGGAAGGAAAGUGGAAGAAGAGAGGAGAGGAGGGAGGAAAGGAGAGCAGAGUUGAGGAGAGAGGAGUGAAAGGAGAAGAGGAGGGAGAGAUUGCAAUGGAGGAAGAGAAGGGAGGAAAGGAGAGAACAGUUGAGGCAGGAGUGGAGGAUGAUGAGGGGGAAGAGGAGAUGAGGAGAGUUGAGGAGGGAAGAGUAGAGAAAGAUAAGGGGGAGAAGGGUUUGGCAAGAGGAGUAGAGCAAGAGGAAGAUGUGGAGGGAGAAGAGGAAGGAAAGAUAGGCAUGGAGGGAAAAGAGGAAGAGAAGGGAGGAAAUGAAAGAACAGUUGAGGUAGGACUGGAAAAAGAGGAGGGCAAGGGGGAGAAGGGAAGAGUUGAGGAGGGAGGAGUGGUGAAAAAAGAGAAGAGAGAGUGGAGCUUGGCAGGAGGAGUAGAGGAAGAGAAAUGGAGGGAAGGAGAAGAGGAGGGUGAGAUGGGAAUGGAAGAAGGAGAGCAGGGAGAGGAGGGAGGGGUUGAGGAGGAAAAAGUGGAGAGAGAAAAAGGAAAGGAGAGAGAAGUGGAGGAAGACAUGGGAAUAGAAGAAGGAGAGCAGGGAGGAGUUGCUGGACAAAUAGAUGAAGGGAAGGGGGAGGAGGGUGGAGUGGAAGGAAGAAAGGAGGGAGUGGAAGAAGGGAAGUUGGGAGAGAAGGGUAUGGCUGGAGGUGUUGAAGAGGGAGGAGUUGUGGAAGAGGAGAGAGAGAAGGGGGAGGAAGAGAAGGAGGUGGAGGAAGGAGUUGAAGGAGUGGAGGUAGGAAAGAGGAAGAAUACAGGAGAGGGGGGAGGAAAAGAGAGCAGAGUUGAGGAGAGAGGAGUGGAGGGAGAGAUAGCAAUGGAGGAAGAGGAGGAGGAGGAGGGAGGAAACAAAAGAACAGUUGAGGAGACUGUCCUGAGCGAGUGGGAACCAGAAGAGAACCACCCUUGCCCUGAACCCCCAGAGUCCCUCCCCCAGAAGAGGCGGCAGAGGAGAGGGAGGGGCAAGAGGGGCUCGGCAAAGAGGACUGACUCGUGUCCCUCAGAGACGGGAUUUCAAAUCCUGUAA